AUGGCCGCAUCGGUAAAGCAUCCAGGAGGACGCGGGAACGUUGGAGGCAUGCAUCAUCACAGGAUCAACUUCGACAAAUAUCAUCCAGGUUACUUUGGGAAAGUUGGGAUGAGGCAUUACCACUUAAAGAGGAACCAGAGCUUCUGCCCGACUGUCAACCUGGAUAAACUGUGGACGCUGGUCAGUGAUCAGACCCGGGUCAACGCUGCCAAGAACAAGACUGGAGUUGCUCCCAUCAUUGAUGUCGUGCGAUCAGGCUACUACAAAGUUCCGGGGAAGGGAAAGCUCCCUAAGCAGCCUGUCAUUGUGAAAGCCAAAUUUUUCAGUAGAAGAGCUGAAGAGAAGAUAAAGGGUGUUGGAGGAACCUGUGUUCUGGUGGCUUGA